AUGGAGUAUUCUCCGCAAUAUCAGCAACCACAUGGCCAGCACCCACAUGCUCAAUCGCAUAUGGCUGGCGCAUAUCAAACCGCCCAAAAUGCCGGCUCAAACGUGGGCAACCUGACCUCACCUACGAACGCACAAGCUCACAUUCCUCAGAACCAUCAAGCAUCUCCGAUACUACCUGGCCAAGGCCACUACCAACAGUCGCAGAAUGCACCGGGUGCUGUCCAUCAACAGAUGAACUUUGCGCAACCAUACGGCGUGACUACGUCGAUGCAACCAGCGUACGGCAUUUCACCUACUCAAGCUGCCGCCAUGGCAACGGCUGCUGCGUCUGGCCAGUUUUAUCCCCUGUCGCAAGAUCAGAUGGCUGGACAAAUUGCACAAGGACCCCGUGGCUCACCCCGAAUGGCUGGCGUACAAGUAAAGAAUGAGCGAGGUCCCCGAUCUCCUACCCAAGUUUCCGGACAGAUUCCUCCCAUGCCCCAAGUACAGAUGUCGCAGAAUGCCCAGAUGCAACAGAAUCGACGGAUGAGCCAUGUCGGUAGCCCACACCUGCCCAACACCCAACCUGUUCUCAACCAUGUCGGCCGUCCCGGUGUUCCUCCAACGAUGCCUCCACCUCAGACUCAAGUUCAACAGGCCCCGGCCGGUGGUGAAGCAGUUGCAGGUGGCACGCAAGAGGAGUCGCCGUUGUAUGUGAACGCAAAACAGUUCCAUCGAAUCUUGAAACGACGUGUUGCGCGACAGAAACUCGAGGAACAGCUGCGACUCACAUCAAAAGGCCGCAAGCCGUACCUACACGAAUCACGACAUAACCAUGCUAUGCGACGGCCUCGUGGUCCGGGAGGAAGGUUCUUGACGGCCGACGAGGUGGCGGCCAUGGAUAAGGAGAAAGGUGGCCAGGAGGGCGGAGAUCAAGCACCCAAACCAGCCGGUGAGAGCAAUUCGACGGCACAGAAACGGAAAUCUGGCGUAGCUGACGAUAAUAACGCCCAUCCCUCAAAGAAGAAUAAACAAAACACGAGCGCCGAAGAAAGCGAAGAUGUCGAAUCUGGCGAGCCUACGGAUGAGGAUGGUUGAUCGAUUUCGCCUUUGUCCUCAACGAUACCUGACGCGACGGUAUAUGAAGCCUAAGCUCCAAGUCUCUGGCUUCUCGCGUUGCACAAGCAUAGUCAUGUUGUUAUGCAUGGCUCCCUUGCUAUUAGAAUUUUACAGGCUCGUUUGAAUUCCUCCAGAUCGUUUUCUGUCUUCUAGCAGGCGGUUUUGUUUUCAUUUCUUCUCGAUCAUGUGUUAUGUCCCUCUUCUUUUGCAAUUAUCUCUACGGUCUGAUGACGUGUCUGUUUAUAGUGAUAUACUGGGGGCUCGCUGCGCUUUUAUUGAUUGGCUUUUUUCCGAUUGAAUGUUUGAUUUUUUUUAUCCCCCUUUACUCCAGUUUGUGACUUGUGUUUUCGAGAGAAACAGACCUUCGUCAUCGGUUGUCCAGAACAUUCGCAGUCAUGGCCAUCCUUGCGACGGUCAAACUUGCGAUGAUCAGCUCAUGUCGACUUCUCCACUCAUGUGGAGCUUAUUAUAUCCGGGGUUUCUGGGGCUUGAGGGUGUUGAACAAAUUUUAGAGACGGUUUCCAUCACUGGUAAAAAACAACAACAACAACAAAAUACGAAACGCAUACGAAAAACAAGAAACAAAAAAAACAUACCCACAUACCUACGCAAACGAUAUCACACAACAGAAAUUACAAUAAUUCCAGAAACUCGAACAGUGAGAUGAUUAUUGCUGGAUUAUGAUUUUCGUCCCGUUCUGUUCUACAAUUGAUAUAGGGGAACAUCAGAAAGACAGACAUAAGACAAGUCUUUUAGACAUGUCUAGCGGUUGAGAAUGAUUUGUUGAGUCCCAUCAUCUCAUCCCCUUUCUCUUCUGUCCAUUCUCCCAUUUUUACGAUUCUUCUUUGUUUUCGUGUAUGUGUCAGUUACCCAUUUCAUUUUUCUUAUUCCCCAUUCCCGCUCGAGUUGUUGGAAUCAAGAAUUGUUUUUAUCUUCUUUUUUUUACCUAUUUUAUUUAUCUGUGAGAGUUGGUAUCUUGUUCGGUUUAUUAUCUUUCAUCUUCAGCUAUAUUGUGUGUAAGUAGCAUUGAGAGGGAGAAUUGAUUGACUGCAUGAAUGGCUGUUAUAUACGCUAUCAAUGAGAGUAUUAUUGAUUCGGUUAAGG